CUCAGAAGUAGAAAUAGAACUCGUCGGAAAAUCGUGGUUAGUUGUCUCAGCAUUGCAAACAUCUCCUUGGCUUUCGAAAUCAAAUCGAGAAUGUCGCUGAUUCCAAGCUUCUUCGGCAACAACAGGCGAAGCAACAGCAUCUUCGACCCGUUCUCACUCGACGUGUGGGAUCCAUUCAAGGAUCUGCAAUUCCCGUCCGGAGAAACAUCGGCGAUGACGAACGCACGUGUGGACUGGAAAGAGACGGCGGAGGCGCACGUGUUCAAGGCGGAUCUGCCGGGGAUGAAGAAAGAAGAGGUUAAAGUGGAGAUAGAGGACGACAGUGUGCUCAAGAUCAGCGGAGAGAGACACGUGCAGAAAGAGGAGAAGCAGGACACGUGGCAUCGGGUGGAGAGAUCGAGCGGGCAAUUCUCGAGGAAGUUUAGGCUGCCGGACAAUGUGAAGAUGGAUCAAGUCAAGGCUUCCAUGGAGAACGGAGUUCUGACUGUGACGGUGCCUAAAGUGGAGACCAAGAAUAAGGCUCAAGUUAAAUCUAUUGAUAUCUCUGGCUAAAAGCACACUAUUACCAUAUACUCGUGUUUGUUCAAAAGUUAUCAUGUUUGGUGUUAUUUGUGCUGUACUAUGUUUGAAUAAGGACAAUCUAAAUCU